CAGUGUCCGUUAUGCAUGGAGAGAUUCGACUCCGAUGAUGAGAGGUUCUAUCCUUGUCAGUGUCGCUAUCAAAUAUGUCGGUUUUGUUGGUCCAAAAUCGUAAAUGAGGUUGUCCAAAAUAAUCUUAUCUAUGUUUCUGGAUUACCACAAGAGGAGGAUAAAUGUAAGGAAAAUGCCAAACUCCAGGAACAUUUUUCGAAGUUCGGUAAAGUUAUUAAAAUUGAAGUUAACAAUAAAUCAACCUACCAGGAUGCAAAUGUGAGGGGCAAUUCUACUGUAUGUGCUUACAUUACUUUUGAACGAGUUGAGGACGCUAUGAAGGCUGUUGUUUGUGAACAUAUCAAGUACGAAAAUCGACCAGUGCGCAUGACGUUUGGAACAACAAAGUAUUGCAGUCAGUUCCUCAAAGGAAGCAAAUGUACAAAACCAGAAUGCAUGUAUCUGCAUGCUCUAGGUGACGAGGAGGCAAGUUUUACAAAAGCAGAUAUGGACCAAGGCAAACACCGUGUAUAUAUGGAGAAGAUAGUAACUAAGUUUAAGGAAGAACAUCCGGAGAUUGUGAAUGAUUUGACGACAUUUUCAUCACCGCCUCGUCUAACGAAGAGGCGGUCUCCUAUUCAGCCAGAGUCAUCAUCAAUCGUCCAAAGAGAGGAAUCGCCUACCAUUCAUUCUGUUCCAUCGACCUCCAAAGCUCCUGCUACUGAUACAAAUAUUAGUGGCAAUGAAUCUACCCCCACUCCGAUCACUGACACUACCACCUCUACUAACGUUAGGAAUGUUAGUAAAUCCUCAAGAUCUUCCAUCAGAAGUAAUGAGCAGCAACCAACUGUGCAACCAUUCAGCUUGCUUGCUGAUAAAUUCACUAGUAAAGUGACAUCCUCAACUCAACAACCGACAGCUUCUGUAGAAGACUUGACUCCUACUCCUCAUUCUAUUCCUAAUCUUCCUUCACAACCACCAAUACUUCAUGCUCCAAAAACAACAGACAGAUCUCAAUUCAGCAGUAUUCUAAGCUCGAGUGCUGCUAAUGAUAUCGGUUUUGACCCCUUCAUUGUAUCCAGCCUGGCUUUAGAUUCACUAAUGACAUCUGGACCACAGACGGUUCCUUUUCAAAUGCCACCUUUAAUAUCAAAACCGCAUCAGUCAUCUCACACACAAACACCAUUUAAUCCCUAUUCUGCUCUUCCUCCUCCUCCGGGUUUCGAGAAUUCUCCUAAUCUCCAGCCACAUGGAUAUCCACAACAUCUCAUUGACAAUGCAAUGAAGAAUCGAAAUAGUGCGGAUACCCGACCAGGUGCUAUGAGUCAGUUAAUAAUGGAUCUCGCUCUUCGACUCGUUACUAAUUCAACUGAGGAGCAACUAAGGGAGCAAGUACGUCAACUACUUCAUGCUCAGAGAAUGGCUGAAUUCCAUCGAAUUACGGACCAGAGUAGGCGACAGCGAAUGGCGGAACAACAACAUCUGGAUGAGCUUUCCGUUGUGCUGAGGUAUGCUAUGAAUAUGGGGCAUAGUAAUCCGGCAGAAGCGAAUCUCACUCAGUCAUCAUCGGUCCAACGGCCUGGACCUUCAUCCUCUAGAGCAGCAACCCUUAAUGUGAGUUUAAGCGUGAAUAAUUCGUUCUACUUGCUCUAA